AUGUGGAAGAGUGGGGCAGCUUACCCCAACCCCCUGGGCACUGAUGAAUUUUUGGUUGAAAAACUGCCAGUCAUUCUGACAGAGGAUGAGGAAGGUCCUAAGAAUGUCCUGAUGGAUGUUUUGAUCCCAAAAGCCGUGCAGGCAUUUCACCGGGCAGAAGAAAGCCCCAGCUAUAUCUUGCAGAUAAGACAUUUAAUGGGGAAAAAGAGCACUGGAGAUUUUCCUUAUGUUUAUGAAGAAAACAAGACCCCGUUUUCAGCAGUACCUGAAAAUAUCAAGCAGCUGGAAGACUAUCUGCAGUGGGAAGAAAUCUCAAAAUAUUUGCUACGGCUGCUGGAAGGGAAUGAAAAUAAAAGUGCUCACUUUUUAAAAGGAGAGCUUCCCUGGCAUACCAGGAACACCUGGGAGACAGAUGACAAUAGCAGUUGGAAAGAUAUGAUGGACUAUCUGCUUCAAGUUGUGAAUAUGAAAGAGAGCACUCCAAGCUGAAAGAAGGUCUCUAAAUUAUGAAGAAAUGGAAUACUUUCUGUAAGAGACUAUAUUUCACAAGCACUUGAUUGUUUCAGAUAAUCAACAAGGUCUCUUUUCUGUAAACAAGAUUUCCUUUGUGUAAAAUAUCUAAAUACACGUAUUCUUGUAUGUUUCAGCAAUGACUAAACUCUACUUCAUUUUCAAGAUUGCAUUUUCUCACUUGAAUGGCUUUGAUAUAUAUAAUUGUCAUGGAAGGGUCUUCCAAUUAAUUAUAUGACUUAACCUAUCUAAUCAGUUCAUCUCUUAGUUCGAAACUAUAUGACAUUUCAACAUUCGCAAUAAAUAGUACUAAUAAAAAGGC